ACAAUAGCACUUCUUCCGUGAGCGACCAAACACAAUACACUCACUUUUCAUAGUUUAACCGGACUGUUGGCAGUUGCCUGACAUUAUUCAUUUAGGUCCAGUUGCAGCGAGAUCAAGUGUUGUUCUCAACAGGAAGACCCACUAGUUCAUUAUUAGACUAUCUCCAUCUUUGGGAUACCUUAAGUUAGCAACAAUAAGUUGGCAUAUAAAAAUAUCGCAACGCAAAAGUAUUCAGUAUUAUUAAAAUAUGCUAAGAAAGUGUAAACAUAGCUGAUGAGCAUGCGAAAUGGCUCCUUACGAGAAAGACAUGGAUGCCCCCCUAACAGAGGCUUCAGUUCUGGCGCCGCAGGCCGCCCCUCGACGGUACUCCGUGGUGUAUCCCGCCGUAGCCACCAUGCUGUUCUGGCACCUAAGCGGAAUCUACGGGCUGUGUCUGUGCUUAUUUUAUGCUAAGUGGGCUACGAUUUUGUUCAAUACCAUACUCUACAUAUGCGCUAUGCUGGGCGUCACAGCGGGCGCGCAUCGGCUGUGGGCGCAUCGCUCCUACAAGGCGACCCUGCCGCUGCAGGUGUUGCUCAUGCUGUUCCAGAGCCUUGCCUACCAGCACUCGGCGCUUCGCUUCGCUCGGGACCACAGGGCCCACCACAAGUUCAGCGACACGGACGCGGACCCAUACAACCCCGCGCGCGGGUUUUUCUUCGCGCACAUCGGCUGGCUGCUGGUGCGCAAACACCCGCAGGCCAUUACCAAAGGGAGGGGGAUACACGUGGACGACCUGUACCAGAACCCCGUGCUGGUCUUCCAGAACAAGUACAGUUUCCACCUCACCAGCUUACUUGCAUUCGUGCUACCUGCGCUCGCCCCAACCUACUUCUGGCAGGAGACCCUGACGACCGCGCACCACGUGUCCGUGCUCCGCGUCCUCGCCGUCUGGCACGCGUUCUUCACCACCAACAGCGCCGCCCACAACCACGGCUACAGGCCCUAUGAUAAACGCAUCAUGCCGACACAAAACCUUCCUGUAACCCUCAUCACUCUUGGUGAAGGAUUCCAUAACUUCCAUCAUGUGUUCCCCUUCGAUUACCGAGCGGCUGAACUUGGGAAUAAUUGUUUGAAUCUUACAACGAGGUUUAUAGAUUUUUUUGCGUGGCUCGGGUGGGCGUACGAUUUGAAGCAUGCGUCUCCUGAUGUCAUAGCGAAGAGAUCGAACAAGACUGGAGAUGGAACUGAUCUGUGGGGGCGAGCCAAGGAGGAUGUUGUGAGUGAUUCUUCUAAAUAAUUUUUAAGAGCAGACAUGUGAUGAAGAUGUAAGUUGUGAACUCGAUACGGAAGAAGACUACCUAAUACUUACCUAAUACCUACAGUUUAUUACACCUUACAGUAACAGUUUAUUGUGUUGUAGAUACAUAUUAUCAUAUACCUACCUACACAUAAUCACAUCGGUACACAUUUGCAAAACAACGAGGAGCCUGACUCAAACAUAGCAAAUAAAAAGAAACUACCCAUGCUGGUCUACAAUUCAUAUUUUUCAU